AUGUUCGCCUCCACCAAGAUCACCGCGCGCCUGGCCUCGCACUCCGCCGCCGCCAUGGCCACGCGCAGCUUCACCGCCAGCGCGCCCAAGCACAUGAAGGUCGUGUGCGCGCUGUACGAGGGCGGCGAGGCCGGCAAGCGCAACCCGGACAUCCUCGGCUGCGUGGAGAACGAGCUGGGCUUGCGCCAGUUCCUCGAGGAGCGCGGCCACGAGUACGUGGUCACGUCCGACAAGGACGGCGACCAGUCCGAGUUCGUGCGGCACCUGCACGACGCCGACGUGGUCAUCUCGCAGCCCUUCUGGCCGGCCUACAUCACGCGCGAGCGCAUCGCCAAGGCGCCCAAGCUCAAGCUGGCCAUCACGGCCGGCGUCGGCUCCGACCACGUGGACCUGGCGGCCGCCUGCGACCGCAACAUCACGGUGGCCGAGGUCACGGGCUCCAACGUCGUGAGCGUGGCCGAGCACGUCGUCAUGAUGAUCCUCUCGCUCGUGCGCAACUACAUGCCCGCGUACCAGCAGGUGGUGGCCGGCCACUGGGACAUCGCGGCCAUCGCCAACCACGCGCACGACCUCGAGGCCAAGCACGUGGGCACGGUGGCCGCCGGCCGCAUCGGGCUGCGCGUCAUGCGGCGCCUCCGGCCCUUCGACGUCAAGCUGCACUACACGGACAAGGUGCGGCUGCCGGCCGACGUCGAGAAGGAGCUCAACGUCAAGUGGCACCCGACGGUCGAGGACAUGGUCAAGGAGUGCGACGUCGUGACCAUCAACUGCCCGCUGCACCCGGAGACGGAGAACCUCUUCGACGCCGAGAUGCUCCGCAAGAUGAAGAAGGGCGCGUUCCUCGUCAACACGGCGCGCGGCAAGAUCGUGGACAGGGACGCGCUCGUCAAGGCCGUCGAGAGCGGCCACAUCCAGGGAUACGCCGGAGACGUGUGGUUCCCGCAGCCGGCGCCCGCCGACCACCCGUGGCGCAACAUGCCGCGCCACGCCAUGACGCCGCACUACUCGGGCACGACGCUGGACGCGCAGGCGCGCUACGCCGCGGGCACCAAGGAGAUCCUCGAGCGCUUCUUCGACGGCAAGCCGCAGCGACCCGAGUACCUCAUCGCCGAGGGCGGCAAGGUCACCAGCCCCUCCUACACGCACGGAGACGCCACCUCCGGAUCGCUCUAA